UAGGUUAAUUUCAGGUGAUGGCGAAAUCUACAUCUGGGAUGUGAAUUCAAGGACAUGUCAGAAAAAGUUUUUCGACAAAGGCUGCGUUUCUGGUCUUUCUUUGGCACUAUCGAAUGACGAUCGUUUUCUGGCUGCUGGAUCUGCUUCCGGCGUCGUCAAUGUUUAUAACAAUCAAACGGUGUUGACCGAGCGUUCUCCGAAACCAGUGAAAGUUCUCAUGAACUUGACCACGCAAGCCAACGUCUUACGUUUUAAUCCUCAGGGUGAAAUAUUGGCAUUUGGUUCAUAUGUGAAGUUCAACUCACUAAAACUGGUCAGUAUACAUAUUUUUCCUACGUUCUGCUUAUUGAUCACAUGGUUGCAGCUGAACUGUGCGAAGAUGACUGUGUUUCAAAAUUUUCCAUUGGUCGGCAACAUCGGAAGCAUACAGUGUGCGGAUUUUUCCCUCAACAGCGGAUACAUGUGUCUUGGCAACUUCCAUGGCAAUUCAAGCCUUUAUCGGAUUUCUGAAUAUGACAGUUAUUAA